GAUUAGAUGUGGACUGGCGAGUGGCGAGUUGUAGCUGUAAGGGGUUUUCCACCGUGAAUUUAUUUGGCGCCGAAGUAAAGAUUCCACCUUUGGGUUUGGGGAGAUCCAGUUCGAUCCAAGGGAUGAAUGCGGAAGGCGACAAAGUUAUCGACAAAUGGGUAUGCGAAUUUGUACUCCGUCGGCAACAAAAUCCUAGGGCUUGCGGGAAGAGGCUGUUGUCAAUGCUGAGGCUGGAAGAGGACGACGGCUGCACCACCCUCAAGAAAUCGGCGGUUCUUCGUGACAUAUGUAAUCGCUUGAUUCAGGGAAUGGUGGACGAGCGAAUCCUUGACCUCCUCGAGCUGUUCGAGAAGCUUCAGUUACAUGAAGAUUCUGCAAUUUUAGAGUCCCUCAAGUCUGCCUACUGCUGGGUAGCUGCCGAAUGUACGGUUAGGUAUAUGUUCGCUGUGGACGCCAUGAAACCUUUUCUCUACUUGGAUGCCCUGCAGAGGAUCUGGGACCUGAGAAUCGGCCUUCUGAGAGAAAGAGAUAGCGUUUUGGUGACUCAAGAGCUCAUCGACUGGGGCUAUAACCUCAAGAAUGCCAUUGAUGAUUCCGAAUUAUUCCAGCGGCUUCGCCAGAUUAAUACCAGGUACUCUGCUAUCUCUUAUCUCUGUGAGUUUCUCAAAGAGCACUGGGUGCUCGUGGGCUCUCCAUAUCUAGAAUUAGAAGCCAGUAGGAGGGUCCGACACAAGGGAAAUGAUACAAAUGUGGAGGGGAACCCGGUUGAUGUUCGAAACGGAGAAACGUCCCCGAGACCUAAUGAUGCUCACCAAUGCCCGGGGCAUUUGGAGGAUGACCCCGUCGAUAACACGAAUGGGCAAUCUGUAUUCAAUGUCGGUCAACAGGAACAUGAGCAGAGUGAUGAUAAGGGGAAACCCACAGUGGCUCAGGAGCUGAAAGAGGAUUUGUUGGAGUUAGAGGCGCUGAUCAAUAGCCUUACCCAGGCUGGGAAUGACCAGACGUCGGGACCACAUUCUACCAGUGUGACCCCUCAACCUCUUCAGGCCGGUGUCAGAGGUCAGGAUUACAACAAAGAACCCGAGAAUGUAAAUGAGCGAGCUUCUGGUAGUGAAGGAACAUUGUCCGGGAGAGUUAGGCCUCACCUGCCAAACCUUAGAUCAUUCAAUGUAUCCCCGUUAAGGAAAGGUCGAUUGCCUAAUAAACCCCAAAGCAGUGCUGGCAGAAGGCUGAGGAAAGGUUGGACUCCUGAAGAAGUACAAACCCUAAGGGAAGGCGUGAAGGAGUAUGGAAAAUCCUGGAAAGCUAUAAAGGAGGCUUACCCCGAAUUGUUGGCGAAUAGGACUCCGGUUGACUUGAAGGAUAAAUGGAGGAACUUGGUUGCUUGACAAAGAAGAAGGGCAUGUUAUGUUGCAGCCACAUCGUUUUAGUGUUAGCAGGUUAGGGCUUUCUCCUUUUGGAAUGAAGAAAAACUGUAGGCGUUGGCUAUGGUAGGCACUGACUGUCUUUGGUUGAACUUGAACGUAAAGGUCGCAAAGAAUGUUAGCUGCGUAGGGUUCUGGUUCUUGUCUUGUAAACAUGUUGAUGUUUGUGUUGUAAAUAAUGGUUUGUACGUAAUGGGACGCGACCUUGAGGUUUUGGUCACUAGCCACAUUUGCAUUCAGAGAAACACAAGUGUUUCCCA